AUGGCCGCUCAGGCUGACGUUCCGGGACUGCUUAGCAGGCUUGCAGCAGUAUGCUUGGCGAAUUCCGGAGCCCCAGAGAAUGAAAUUUCACAGCGCCAAGUGUACAUGCUGAAGAUGAUGGCUGGAAUUUUGGGCAGCAAUGCGUAUGCUCGCAGUGGACUCGAGGGCGGAGGCGACGAUACGGCCCUUCUCCACACCUUGCGCAAGGAGAUGGAAGCCGCUGGUGCCGAUAAAAGCAAGCUCGACAAGUUAAGCAGCGUCGGCGAGAUCUUGGUGCUUAUAUUUCCUGACAUCUAUGGCACCAUUUGCCGAGCUUCCGCGCGCACGCCAAAGCCGACUUGUGCUGUCAUGCUAACGGAGCUAUGCAACCGACUUAGCCCAAGCGGCGGUCGGCCUGGCCUGACGCCCCGCCUUCGCACAUCGCUGCUGGUGCUUUUGCGUCAGCUGCAUAGAGAGGGCCGGCAGAUGGGCAGUAGCGGCACAGGGGGCCGCAUCGCCCCGACAUUCAGCCUUACGCAGGCCGUGCAACUCGGUGGCCUACCGCCAACCUUUGCCCCGCCGCCGGCGCCUUUCGGCAUGCAGCACCAACAACAGCAGGCGGCGCAGCAACAGCAGCAGCAGCGCACCGGCUUUCAACGGCCCUCCUCCGUGGCGUCGUCUUAUGCUGGGUCGGCUUCCGGGGCGCCGGUGCUGCGCCCCACCAGCGUUCUGACCCCCUCGGAAAUGGGUGAUGACCCCAUGAUGCUAUCCGUGGAGGGUAGCCGGGCGUCGCUCAUGGGCGCACAAGGCGUAGGUGGCGGCGCCGGCGGUGAGGGCGAGUACCUGACCCGCAGCUCCUCCUUCGCCGCCAUGCCGGGUGCUGGCCCCUCGGGGGAUCCGUUCAUGACCGGCGCCGGAGCCAACAUGUCGGCGACCACGGAGCCCUCCCUGGUUCGCGACGUGCUGUACGCCGCCCAGGGCGUCCGCGGCCGCGUGGUGGGCUGGGUGCCCGGGCUACCUGGCGCGCCUCGGGACCUGACCUCCGGCUUCCGUCCCGAUGGGGCCACUGCAGCGGGCCUGGGGCCGGGUACGGCCAUGCUGCUGGAGAGGUUGACGGAGCUUGGCUGGCUCUUCAGACGCGUCCGAGAGCACAUAUCCGCCUGCUCUGGCUAUGGCCAGGCUAGCGUACGGCAGGCGCUGGGGGCGGCGCUUGCGGCCGAGGUGGGCGACUACUACCGGCUGCUGGCGCUGCUGGAGGCGCAAGCAAGGGUGCCGCUGCCCACUCCAGCCGGCGGCGGUCAGUACCUGACGCUCCGUCGGCUGGUGUGUUGGCUGUCAGAGCCGUUACGCCGCAUGCGGCUGCUGGCGGCGGUGGGCGACGCGGCUGAAGGGCUGGAGGGCGGCGCUCUGGCGGGGGCGGUGUACGAGUUCUCGCGGCACGGGGAUCCGUUUGUGGCGGCCAACGCGGCCAAGCUGCUGCAGCAGGUCUGCGUGCCGCUGUACGGCAUCAUCCGUCGCUGGGUGUUGGAAGGCCAGCUCGACGAUCCGUACAACGAAUUCUUUGUCGUACAGCACGCUGCCGCGGCAGCGGUAUCAGCUGCGCUCGCGGCCGCCAACACUGCCGCCGCCGCCGCCGCCACCGGCGUCGGCGGCGUCCCGGGGUCCGCGGCAGCGUCCGUACCCCUCGGUACGGCCGCUGUGCCUCCCCACCUGGACCUUUGGCGUCAGAGCUACGGGCUUGAUGAGUCACGGCUUCCGCCCUUCAUCGGUCCCUCCCUGGCGCAACGGAUCUUACGUGCCGGCAAGGCCAUUCAUUACCUGAACCUUGCUUGCGGUGACGGCGGCUGGGUGCAGCAGCGCGCUGAGGCGUGGGCGCGGGAGCCGCCGGCGGCGACGGCAGCCGCGGCGCCCGGCGGUACCGGGGAGCUGGCAGGCCUGGAGGGGCUUGUGUCCGCUGCCGUACGCUCCGUGGACGAGCGGCUGAUGACCGUCAUUUGGCGCCACCACCGGCUGCGGGCCCACUUCGCUGCCAUCCGGCGCUUCCUGCUGCUUGGUCAGGGCGACUGGGUCACCGCCUUCAUGGACAUGGCUCAGCGCGAGCUGGACAAGCCCGCCUCUGACGUUAGCGAGGUACAGCUGAAUAGCUGCCUUCGCCAAGCCCUCAUCGCCACCAACGUUCCGGGCGGGGCAGCGGCCGGAGGGGGAGGUGGAGGCGGGGCCGGGCUGGCGACGGUGAAUCGCGGACUGGCCUCCGCCGCGGCGGCGGGCCUUAUGGCGAUGGGACUUGGUGGUGGUGGUGGUGGCGGUUUCGGAGCGGUCGAAGGACCCGGAGGUCCCAGUGGUCCGGGUGGCGGUGGUGGAGAGUAUGGGGAGGCGGAUGACGACGCAGCGGCGAUGGGGAUGUUGGUGGAGCGGUUGAGGGUGCGGAAGGAGAAGGCUGCGGGAGCGGGGGAGACCGGCUGGGACGUGUUUGGUCUGACUUACAACCCCGCGGCGGGGCUGCCGUCCGGCGCUGCCUUCACCGGCGGCGCCGCCAUCGCCGUCACCGCCGUCGCAAUGCCCAUCGCCGCCAACUCGGGUCCCCUCUCCGCGCUUUUUACCCGUACGGCAAUGUUGUCGUACGAGCAGUUAGCUCGGUUACUGUGGCGGCUGAAACGGGCGGAGCAUGCGUUGUCUUCCACUUGGGGAGCGGCGGCGUGUGGCUUGCAGCGAAUGGUGGACAAAAUGGGUGCAGACGGCUUUAUGGUUCAGCCCGUCCUCGCCAUGUUGCUGCGGCUGCGAUCGGACAUGAGCCAUUUCGCCACCAACCUGCAGUACUACAUUCAAUUUGAGGUCAUGGAGGCAUCUUGGCAGGAUUUCUACUCCCGCGCCGCCGCCUGCACCGACCUGGACUCCCUCAUCGCGGCACACGAGGUCCACCUGGCUACUCUGCUGCGUAAGGCCUUUCUGUCCAACGACGGGCCGGUCCAGGGGGGCCCGGCAGGAGCAGGCAGCAUGGAGGGCAGCGCCGCGGCGGGAGGGGCGGCUGCGGCUGUGGAGGGAGCCCCCGGCCAGGCGGCGCCCGGCGGUGGCACAGCCGGAGGGGCUCCUGGUCCCAGCAUGGCUUUGUUGCGUAGAGCGUUGCAGCAACACAUGCACGCCUGCACGUCUGCCUGUGAGCAUCAAGCUGUUUUGGUAAAGCCCACAGACUUACAGGACGAGGCAGCAAACGUUCGAAAGGGUAAUGUAAAGCUGCAUAUGGUCUUUGUAUUAAUUGUCAAUAAGGACGCCCUCUCCAACAUGGUCUCCCUUCGAGCUGUGGCAGCCCGCCUAGAGGAGCUCGUGGCGGGCGGCGCCCGACUGCUAGCAGCCAGGGCCACACAGGCCAAGGCCCGAAUGGCGCGUGGCGACUGGGGCAACAACGCCUCCACCUCUUCCGCCGCUGCUGCUGCUGCUGCCGGUGGAAAGUCCGUCAAGGGGCUGCCGGGGCUGGGCGGUGCAGAUCCGCCCAUUGCGCCCUCUUCGCUGGCGGACGUACGGCAGACGUUGGUGGAGCUCGGUGCUCAACACACGCGGGCUGUGGCGGAGUUCACGGAGAACCUGCCCGAGGAGGCGAGCCGGGAGACGCAGCCGAAUUGGGGUUUUAUAGCUGCGGGCGAUUGGCCUGGUGGUGAAGCUCGUAAGGCUCAGGAUGAUGUUCGGUUCCUACUCGCCCGUUUGGACUUCAGUGCCAAGGGGGUGCAGACGAGCGGGAGUCUGGUGGCAGGACUGGCGCUGUGA